GGUCGUGGCACUCGUAUCUUUCUCGCGUCCUUCUCGCCUCAUCCCUUGCCUCAUCCAGUAAUGCCUCUAAGAAAUAAGAGGUCUAGUCUGAUCCCAAGGCUGGGCAAUUAAACUCCUUGCAGAUCAGAUUUGCAUAUUCGCCUAUCACAUUCACUGGUAAGUCCCCUCAGUCAGCCACCACGAGGUAUGGGGAGUAUCGCGUCGAUAAACUCGCCCCGAAACCCAAGGGGAGGGUCGAUGACAUCCCGUGUCAUCCCUCUGGAGCCCUUGUGAUAUACUAGGAAAAUGAACAGUCGCCAACCACCACGCCGAGUUGCAUCCAUCGCGCUCGCAUCAGCCGACAAGAUGCCGAUCUCUCUACCUCGAGGCGUUGUGGUGCGGGUCCUCAUCAUCUUCGGCGUUGUGCUCUCCCUCUUCAUGCUACGCUCCUACUAUACGCCCUCCUCCCAUCCCUACGACGAUGCUGUCUCGACCGCCAAAUCAUGGUGGACUAGCUCCAGUCCAGAAGCAUCCGAUGUCGAUCACGACCGUCAAUUCAAGUAUUUUUCCGACGGUGACCACCAGCAAAAUUACGACAAGGGACCUCAUCUGUCCUCUGAAAUCACCGACUUUGCAGACCCUGUCGCGCCUGCCACUGUGCCACACUGGGCCACUGCUGCGCCGGCUUCGAAAGCUACGCCGUCUUCCAUACCCUCAUUUGACUACUCGAUCCCCGCCUGCCGUCAACUACCUGGAGCAGACCAGGUCGUGAUCAUUGUCAAGACCGGUGCCACCGAGGUGCUAGCCCGACUCCCCGAGCAACUCCUCACGCUUGCAGAAUGCGUGCCGAACUUGAUGAUCUUCUCCGACAUGGAACAGGACGUGGGUCAUUUCCAUCUCUACGAUGCAUUGGCCGAUAUUGGGGAAAAGUGGAAGAACACGCACUCGGAUUUUGAGUUUUACCACGAUGUCCACAAAGCACAUGCCAUGCAUGGAGAUCUGAGCGCCCUGGACUCAGGCGGAGGAUGGAGUCUGGACAAAUGGAAGAACAUCCCAAUGCUAGACCAGGCUUACGAGAAGUACCCGGACGCCGACUGGUACAUGACCAUUGACGCAGACACGUAUCUCGGCUGGACAAACCUCCUACUCCUACUCGCUCGCCUAGACCCCAACGAACCAUUCUACUCUGGCUGUGUCUACUGGCAUGGUCCCACAAUGUUCGCUCAGGGCGGUACCGGCUAUCUCCUGUCCCGAAAAGCGGUGCAAAUGUGGGAAGGUAUCAGGACCUCAACAAACAUCGAAAAGUGGGAGAAAGAAACCUCGACAAUCUGCUGCGGCGACGUCAUGCUCGGAGUCUCCAUGCAAGAGGCGGGAGUCAAAGUCAGUGGUGCCUGGCCCAUGUUCCAAGUCGAUCCUCCGUGUGAUUUCAGCUGGGGCGCUGAUUCUUGGUGUGUGCCCGCCAUAACUUGGCACCAUUCCCACACCUACGACAUCGAAGCGCUGUGGGAUUUCGAAAAGGAUUGGAUCAACAAGACGUGGCAUGAAGGCAAUCAGCCUGGUACAGUGCCGUACAUGUACAAAGACGUUUUCGAGUACUAUGUCGCGCCCAACAUUGCCGAGAACAAGACGGACUGGAACAAUUACUCUGGAGACAGAAUUUUCACCAAACCCACAGAGGAUCACGUCAAGGAGCAUCACGAUUGGGACAACAAGAGUGAUGAAGAAAAAUUGGAGAUGUGGGAGGGUUGGUCUGAAUUCCAAAAACAAUCUGUCGAAUCGUGCGAGAACUGCCGAGCAGCAUGUGAGGCCGAUCACGGUUGCAUGCAGUUUACAUGGCAACCGGGGACGUGCAGACACAACUGGUCCGUCAGAAUGGGCCAUGCGGAGGCCUCGAAGAAGAAGUACACCUCUGGCUGGAUGAUGGACCGUGUCGAGAAACACAAGGAGAAAGCUGGUACCUGCACAGAACCGAAGUUCCGGAUCGACAGAGAUUGAGGAGUACGACAACAUCAUGCCUGUUGAGUAACAUUUACGGACAACUUGACAAAUCUUUCCCGGCACGCAGCGUA